AUGGCGCCGAGUGCCCGACAUUCAUUCUCCGGCCGAUCUUCACGCAAAGGAUCUCGAUCCUCCCUCAAGACAACACCAAGUGGUCCCCUCAAUUCCUCUGAGGGACCUCCUGCCAAGAAACGGAAAUACAUUCCUGGCGGUCCUGGAGGCGGAGGACGCUUCAUUGAAGUCGAAGCCGCCGCUGCUGCUGCCGCUGCUGCCGCCGCCGCCGCCGCAGCUCAAGAAUCACCCAAGAAGACGCCUGCACCGCGACGGUCCUCCACGACUGCCCGGAUCCAUUCACACGAGAUGGAUCACCCACCGCUAGCCCCUCCGCCGCCACCCAUCAUCCCAACAACGCCACCAUCCAUGUCGCGUCCGAGGCGCGACAAGAACCAAGCUCGCGGUCGCUUCCCAUCAUCCACAGCGGCUGCGCUGGCUUUGCAGCAAGGCGACGGGUAUAAACCACGCGAAGAACGUGGAUGGGAAGAAUUUCAUCCGGACCUGGACAUUGAUGGUCAACUUGCCGUCUUUACCUCUGAACAGGUCGAUGCGCCGGACACCUCUACUCCGAACGUGACACUUGAGUCCCUGGCUGGCGCGACCGUCUCAGAUCAUUCGGGAUCACCGGUAGUCGUCCCAAGUGAAACGGCAUCUCCAAUCCCAAUUAAGCGCAGGCCCGGUCGCCCACCGCGCCGCCCCGAGGCUAUCCUCAAUGCGCUUCUCGCUCAGCAGGGACAAAAGGUCAUACCGCCUCCGGGUCCCAACCCGCGAGAGAAGUUGACCCUACCGAAGCCAUCGUUCAGACUGCGCGAUCCAUUUGCAUUCUAUGAAAAGAAGGGCAUUGGGCAUCAGAACUAUGUAGAUCGGACCAUGGCAAACGUCGGAUACCAGGAAACUGAUCUUUUCCUUCGGCAUGAUCGACGCUUCAUCCGAAUGACCGAGGGCACGCAAGAAGAUGACCUCGAUGUCAUCCAGCCAGCCAUGACGGAUGGGGACGUCAACACAACUACCGGACGUGUCGAGUAUGACAUGGACGAACAGGACGAAAAGUGGCUGGAAGAAUACAACGCAAAACGCCGUGAAGAUCAGCUUGAGCCUAUCAAACCUGCUGUGUUUGAAAUUACAAUGACUAAGAUCGAGAGAGAGUGGCACGCUCUGGAAAAGCGCAUCCCGAAACCAAAUCCCAAACCACCUCAGACUGGACGUCUUCGCUCCAGCUCCGCAGCCGCGGUUAAUGGUGAGACUGCUGGGCCGGGCGAAGAGCAAGACAGCAAAUGCGCAAUAUGUGAUGAUGGUGAUUGCGAAAACUCGAACGCCAUUGUGUUCUGCGAUGGGUGCGAUCUUGCAGUGCAUCAAGAGUGCUACGGUGUUCCUUUCAUCCCCGAGGGCCAAUGGCUUUGCCGGAAGUGCCAAUUGCUGGGACGAGGUGCCACCAAUUGCAUAUUCUGUCCCAACACCGAAGGCGCGUUCAAACAAACAACCUCAUCAAAAUGGGCACAUCUUCUCUGCUCUCUUUGGAUUCCUGAAGUUUCAAUUGGCAAUCCAUCUCUAAUGGAACCAGUGACUGACGUGGAAAAGGUCCCCCGCAGCCGCUGGAAGUUGAACUGUUACAUCUGCAAGCAGAAAAUGGGUGCAUCCAUCCAGUGCAGCAACAAGAAUUGUUACCUUGCAUUCCACGUCUCAUGUGCGCGCAGGGCCCAACUCUACCUGAAGAUGAAAAUUGGACACGGCUUAAUGGAUUCUCAUCUUCUGAAGGCUUUCUGCGACAAACAUGUUCCACCUGACUGGCGAUUGGAGCACAGCACCGAUACUGCGACUGCUGAUGCCAUGGAAUACUAUCAGAACACAAUGCAGGGUCGAAGAUGGGGGGACAGCCAAGCCGCUGCCCUCUCUAUGGGCCCAGCACAUCCUACCGAUGGCGGAGACGAAGAUCGCACGUUGACGCCUCGUAUAACCUUGACCGUGGGGGGCAACAAACGCAAGCGCGUUCCUAGGAUGAUAUGGAAGUUGCCCUCUGGUGCUCCAGUAAUUCCUCAGGUUGUCCUAAACUCGGUCAUUGCCUCACUCGGGCGGUUCACCGUUCGACAGAGAAAGCAAUAUGCCGAGGAUGCAUCUAAAUACUGGACUUUGAAGCGCGAGGCGAGACGUGGAGCAGCUUUGCUUAAGAGACUCCAACUCCAACUCGAGACUUUCUCGUCGAUGGAAAUGACACGUCGUGACUAUGUCGCUAUGGGAGUUCCAGGUUACAAACGCCUCACGCGCCGCAUCGAGUUUGGAGAUCGCCUUUAUAAAGACCUGGAUAAAUUAAGGAUGUUAUGCGACGAGGUCAAGAAGCGAGAGAGAGAGAAGCUGAAGGAUGCCGAGAUGCUUCGCACGGUCGUCGAUACUGUUUACUUCCCGGUUUUCCCGCUGCUCUGGCCAAUUUUCGAGAAAGCUCAAUUACUUGAUGGCAAGGGUAUAUUUGCAAUGGGCUUGAUGUCGAUCCGCGAGAGACUCAACCAACGAUUCUAUCCGUCCGUCGCAUCAUUUUCUUCUGACUUGGCGAGUCUGUUCACAUCGGAGAUCGGAGUGGAGCCAGCUGGUGACACCGCCGAACUUCAGGCACAGAUCAGUGGUCGCGCACCAGAGCUCAGUUUGGAGCAACGCGAGAAGAGAAAAUUAGCCAAGCGCAUUAUCAAGGUCAUCCAACCUUCCCUGGAGGAUGCCAUCCGCAAGGAGAGCGAGCUGAACCGCAAACCCUUCGAGAAAGAAUUAAAGGAGUUGGAUGUCAUUUUGGACCACAGCGUGAUGUCUCGCAGCGGCGAUAGUGUUGAGCCAGAAGGCGAUAGCGAGCUGCCUGGCGACACUGAUGUCAUGGAGGGAGUUGAGCAAACCGGCCCUCCCACUGAGGCUCAGACCGCUGCCGACCAGGAGCAAUCCGAAGCGCCCGGUACAGAGGACAUGCCAUCCACACAAGAGCCAACGACGAAUCCUCCAGCCUAUUAUCGACACCCUACACCUAUAUUGAGUGAGCAGGACCAACAGCUUCCGCUGGCUGUAGGCGGUAUCCAGUGGUACAUGCAGCCGUUUGACCCUGUUGGAACAACCAUUCAUGAAGAAAGAUGGACAGGAAGAGAUGUCAUGCGCGGAAUGAGCGAAGAGCUCAGCGACAUGGAUGAAGAUGAGCUUGAGGGAUUGAAAGACAUGGUUGACGAUGGCAAUGUGGCCGGCAAAGCCAAUGGUGCUGUCAAUGGUGCGCAGGUCCCAGUUGCUUCACAAAAGAACCACCGUCAAUCCCGACGCCUGCGCACACGGUAA